UAAGGGACCCUAAUUUUCACAGAUGCCUGAAAGCACACUGCUCCAGGCUCUGAGAAUAGGUGCUGGAAGAAUCCAAACUGCACCAUGGCGUAUUUUUUGCUGGUUAUUGGGAUAGCGGUCGGACUGUACUUCGUUUUGUAUAAUGCUGUUAUCAAAGUAGGGCGUUGCAAGAGUUCGACCAAACUGCAGGGGAAAACCGUCAUUGUAACCGGGGGCAACACGGGCAUUGGGAAGGCCACAGCCAUGGAGCUGGCCAGGAGAGGGGCGAGGAUCAUCCUGGCCUGCCGUAACAAACAGAGAGCAGAAGCCGCGGUCAGUGACAUCAGGAGGGAAAGUGGCAAUAAUGAGGUGGUCUACAUGCAUCUGGACCUGGCCAGUCUUAAGUCUGUGCGCUCGUUCGCCGACACCUUUCUGAAGACCGAGCCCAGACUGGACCUGCUCAUCAACAACGCGGGGAUUUAUAUGACAGGAAAGACAGAGGAUGGGCUAGGAAUGAUGUUUGGCGUCAAUCACCUUGGCCACUUCCUGUUGACAAACCUGCUGCUGGACCGUCUGAAGGAGUGUGGCCCGAGUCGAGUGGUCAACGUGUCGUCCAUGGCCCACCGUUUUGGCAAUGUGGAUUUCGCCUGUCUGAGUGAACACAAAGAGCUGGGCAUGGGGGACUCUGCCUGGUAUGUCCUGAAGAUCUACAGCCACAGCAAGCUCUGCAAUGUCCUCUUCACUCACGAGCUCGCCAAAAGACUGCAGGGCACCAGUGUCACCUGCUACAGCCUGCACCCAGGGGCUGUUAAUACUGAACUGGCCCGUAAUGCCAACAGAUUGAUGCUGUUGCUCAUGAAGCCCAUCAUCACUCUGUUCUUCCUGGAUGCUGAGGCAGGUGCCCAGACCACCCUGCACUGCGCCCUCCAGGAGGGCAUUGAGCCCCUGAGCGGCCGUUACUUCUCCUCCUGCGCCGUGCAGGAGUUGAGCGCCAAGGCACGGGAUGACGCGGUGGCCAGGAAGCUGUGGGAAGUGAGCGAGAGGCUGAGCGGCCUGUCCUGAGAGCACGCUGACCCCGCGCAUGCUAAACCUCAAUGCUCCUCCCCAUAUCCAGCCUGUUCCACUCCUCUAACGGUUUACCUCAAAGAUCUACCCACAGAACCGUGAGCAUUCUCAUCCCUAUGCCCGAACAGCCAGAAAUCUCCUAUGUGCCAUUAAAUGCUGUACAUAACACUUCUUUCAUUGCAAGAAGAGUUUUACCCCAGCUGCAAAAAUGAAUAUGGGCUGAUUUGUAAUGUGCACAUGGUCGAUUGAUAGUGCUGUAUUAUUGAGUCUACUGUAGGGUGGCACAACCUCUGUGUGGUCAUCUGCACUGUUAUUUUUAUAGUCCUACGGUACAGUGUGGAAAAGUCAGUUUCAUUGGAACAUAAUAAUGCAAGUCAUCUAAUUGAUCUCUGAACUUAUCUAUUGUAAGAGAUUGUUCUCACUGUUUAAUCAUUUGCAGCCCUUCCUAACUGAAACCCCCGAAGGAAAUCAGGGUUUUUAAGUAUGCAAAAUGUGCUGUGUAAUUUUGUAAAAAA